AUUAGAAAUGAUACUUGGAAGGAUGUUAUCCAAGCAAAUUGUGGAUUGUUGGUCGUAAGAGUUGUGAAUCAGCAGGUCCAACAGACUUUUUGAGUGUUCUAGUUUAUUUAUGCAUGAAACAACUCGAAGCAUGUCAAGCCACAAGCCUGCAGCUCACCUGAAAAGAGAAGCUGACCAUCAAAGCAGGACCCUAUUCUACUAGUUCGCAGCAUCCCCUUGGAGACCUGGUUUAUAUGUCAUUCAACAGUUAUCUUGUGGAGGAACCUUGGCUCCUGAGCUACCACCUUGGUUCCUCCUGGAAAGAAAUUUCCCAUGUAAAUAUCAGCAAGUGAAGGCAAGCCACUUCUGCAGCCAAGCCAAAUAAAGCAAACAUUUGAAAAGAGAAAGAAACCAAGCAGCUAGCGGAGGGCAUUUCAUCGAUAUUAAGAGAUAAUGAUUCACAUGAGACAAGCAGUAAGAAAUCCUCUGAAAAGCAGUUGGAAAUACCUUGGAUUCCAAAUUUCUAUAAUGAGGUUAGAUCUGAACAACGGAAAGAAGUAUCCCGCAAAAGAAAACAUAUAUGGGUUUUCAAAUCUACUCAGGUCAAUCGUUUUGACCGAUUAGUUAAAAUGUGUGCACAGACACUGGGGGUACAAGCUACAAUUGAUGCCUUUGGAAAAUUGGGGCGUGAAAAUGGUUUGAAAGAAUACAAUGCUUUGAUAAAGAUUUGCAUUGGGAAGGCUAGGGAAAGUGAUAAUGAAGAUGUUAUGUUGGAAUAUAUUUCCAGGGCUUUUCAACUUAUGAAGUUAAUGAAGGAGCAGGGUUUCCAGCUAGAAAAUGAGACUUACGGUCCAUUUCUUAUGUAUAUAGUUGAUAUGGGUAUGGUACAAGAAUUUGACUUUUUCUGUAAGUUUAUCAAGGAGGACAACCCUAGUUCACUUGGAAGAUUGGGUUACUAUGAGAUGCUGCUACAUAUUAGAGUUGAUAACAAAGAAAAGAUUCAGGAACUCUGCAAUUAUAUUUCUGUCAACGAUUUGAAUGAACCUAUAAGUUUACAAGAAAAUUAUUUGUUAGCACUUUGUGAAACGGACCAGAAGAAUGAGCUGUUGCAGUUGUCAGAGAUUAUAGACAUAACAAAAGUCUCAUCAUUGGGCAAUGCAGUCAGCAUCUUUAAAUCCUUAGGGAGACUACUGUUGGAGUCCCUGGCAGAGAAGUUCCUUUUGGAAUUCAAAGAAUGUGAUUAUGGCAUAGAGCAUAUCUCAACUCUCAUCUUUAGUUAUGCUACUAGCAUCCCUAAUUUAGCGGUUGAGGAUAUCAUUUUAAAAUUCAAAAGCAUGCACACAGAGCUGGAGGUUGCACCUACUUUAAAGUCGUAUGAGAAGCUCCUGAUAUUUUGUUGUGAUUUACGUAAGGUGUAUGCAGCUCUUGAUUUAGUUGACCAGAUUUGCAGAGAGGGUUUAACCUUAUCUAUAGACAUGCUAAAUUCUAUAUUGCUUGCUAGUGACGCAGUCUUUGAGUUUAAUUUGGGUCAACGGAUUUAUUCUUUGAUCUGCCAACAUAACUUGAUACCAAAUAGUGAGACUUUCAGGAGCAUGAUAAGUUUGAGGGCAAAAAUGAAAGAUUUUGGUGGUGCAUAUGAUCUGCUUAAUGAUGUAAAGAAAUUAAAGUUAACACCUACAGCAAGCAUGUACAAUGCUAUAAUGGUAGCAUAUUUUCGAGAGAAAAACAUAAAUGGUGCAUUAACAGUUCUCAAGGAAAUGGAACGGGCAGAAGUAAGACCCGAUUCUCAAACUUACAGCUAUUUAAUAGCCAACUGUGACAGUGAAGAUCAAAUUAUCAAGUAUUACGAAGAGCUGAAGGUUGCUGGAAUUUCAGUUUCAAAGCAAAUUUUCAUGGCACUCAUUAAUUCAUAUGCAACCUGUGGGCAGUUUGAGAAGGCAAAGCUGGUACUCUUAGAAAAAGGGAUUCCUAUUAAGAACCUUAACGAAAUCAAAAGUGUACUUGUCUCUGCUCUUGCAUCACAUGGUCAAUUGUGUGAUGCCCUUGACUUGUAUGAAGAAAUCAAGGAAGCUGGGAAGUAUUUGGAGCCAAAAUCUGUCAUAUGCCUUAUUGAUCAUCUUCAAUCUGAGGACGAAAUAAGUAGAUUGCUUCAGCUACUGGAAGAAUUGCAAGAUCCUGACUAUUGGGUGGAUGGUUGCUACAGAGUUAUCUUGUAUUGUAUACGCAACAAGCAUACAAGUUCUGCUGUCAAUCUGCUCAAGCAACUCAAGGAUAGAUUCAGCAAUGAUGAAGUGGCCAUGCAAGUUCUUUUUGAUGAGGUUUUCUCAUUAUUUGCUGAGACGGAGCCUUCGCAGUUGCACAUAGGAUUGGAGUUGCUUCAAGCCCUUAAGAAUGAGCUUUGUGUUACCCCAUCUCGGAAAUCUCUUGAUUUUCUCCUCAGUGCUUGUGGUAGGGCCAAAGAUUUGCGUAAUUCUAAUUUGAUAUGGAAAGAGUACAAGGCAGCUGGAUAUCCUUACAAUGUCGCAAGUUAUUUAAGGAUGUAUCAGGCCCUUUUGGCUUCAGGAGACAGUAAAUCGGCAAAACUUAUGCUAGCUAACAUUCCAAAAGAUGAUCUUCAUGUUUACGUGAUCAUCGAAGCCUGUCAAAAAGCUUAUAAUAGAUCCAAAUCUGCAAAGGGGAAAAACAAGAAAAACAAGAGCAAGAAAACCCAGAAAAAAGAGCCAAAAGUUAAAUGACAUGAACCCAAAUCUAAAUGUGGAUAAAAAUUAUAAACAACACUAGCAACUUUAUCGUGCUCGUGGAAAAAUCCAAGGCAAUAAGGGCCCUGUGGUGAAGCACAUAAAAGGAGGAGGAAGAAGCAAAGAAAGUAAAAACCAUCCAUUUGUGAAUGAAUAAGCAAAAUUUUCAAAUCCCAAUCCAGUUGAGGAUGCUGCAAACCUUUCCAGCCCAUUUUAACAAGGGUAUUUUCUUCUCCAACAUUGGUAUGAUUGCGGUCGGAACUCCUGGAAUUCCAGGUUAGUAAAAUGAUGAAAACCUGCCCAAUUUAUACAGGUGCUCUGAACCUAGGAGUUGCAAUGGCAAUAGGACAGAGCCACAGAACCUUUGAAUUUUUAUCGUCAUCUCAUCCAGAGGUGGUUUGUUGUAUGCGGGUCACUAAUUCCCCCAGAAUAGCGACUGAGCCUGUAGCGGAUGAUUCUAUAUUCAGUAAUCAUAUCUUUCUUAAUGAUUCUUUUGCA